AUGAAUGAAGAAACAGCCUAAGUAAAAUAAAAAGGGAAAAAGGGAGCAAAAAAAAAGGCAGAGUCAAAAACUACUUAAAAUUCAGAUCCACCCAUUGUCACUUAAGUAGAUGAGAAAAAAAAGGCUAAACCUUCAAAAAAGGUGUAAUAGGCAAGUCCUCCAAAAAAGAAAGAUGAGAAAAAAUAACCUGAAAAAAAGGGGAAAUAGCCUUUAAUUAAGGAGGAUGUUGAAUCUCUACUUGAAUAUUUCAAAUCAUCAAAUCGUCCCUUCACAGUAAACUAUUUAAAAGACACUUUAUUUUUAAAAUUAAGUGCACUUCAAAAAAAUAUUGAUACAUUGGUUUCUAAAGGUGAUGUAGUAAUGAAAGAAGUAGGUUCUACAAAAGUAUUUCUAAUUAAUCAAGGCUUGAUGCCUACAGUUAAUUAACAAGAUUUAGAAUUACUUGGAAGUGAAUUAGAAUAAAAAACAGAAGAAUACAAAUAACUUGCUUAAUAAAACUCAAAACUUAGCGAACAAUUAAAAAAUUUAUCUAAAAUACCAACCUUAUAAGAGUUGAUAGACAUGAAAACAGAAUUAAAAACCAAAAUUGAUGAACUUGAAAAUAAACUAUUGUUGUAUGAAGACAAAAAUUUUAAAAUGGCAACAGCUGAAGAAACCUUACAGGUAGAAAAUGAGUACUAAAAUAUGUUAAAUAUCUGUAAGAAGAGAAAAAACAUCUAUAAUGAAGCGAUCGGAUCAUUGCUUUCAGAGAGCGAUUUGACAAUAAAGUAAUUUGAGAAAAUUGUUGGUAUUUUUAGAGAUUGA